AAAUUGGAUCACUGCUUCUACACGGGCACAGUCAGACACGAUCCGAACCGGUCAGAACCGGAUACAUUUGUGGCUGUGGAUACCUGUCAAGGACUGAGAGGCCUCAUCCAGACCUCGAAUAGUACCUACGGUAUAUUACCACUGCGUUGUACCCAGUGUCCGCAGGAUCGACUCCCGCAUGUCGUGUUUCCUCAUGAUCCCAGCCCGAUUGAACGAGUGAUUGAUCACUUUCCCUUCAAGAAUUCACUGGAUAACGGCGGUGGCGGUAUUAACGACGACGACGACGACGACGGCGACAUUGAUUGUCAUUCUGUUCUUCUCUCUCUCCGUCUGCGAGCUUUACCGCCACCACGAAUCCGUACUCCGUGCCCGGUGCAUGAAUUGCGACCAGAUCACAUGUCCAGUCAUGCGUAA